AAUAAUGAGUGACUCUAAAAAUGUUGACUUGAAACUUUCAGCAUCUUUAACUCGUUUUGGUUUAAAAGGACGUGGUGGUAUAAGUACUGCAAGGUUGCCAUCUUUAAAGCCUGCAAGAGAUUUAACACUAGGAGGAACACCAAAGCGUACUUUUACACCAAAUAUUGUUGGGCGUUCAAUCAAAAAGGAGGAAGUAAGUGAAACAAAAACUGAUUUCAGUCAAAAAAGAGGAGGACAUUUUAAUCAAGGUAGAGGACGAGGAAGAGGGCGAAAUGAAAUUAUUGCUUCAUCAGGAAUUUUUAGUCAAGGACCAGCUACUCAGCAAACAUUAGCUCGAGCAUUAGGUGGUGGAAGUUGGAGUGGAAACAAUAGUUCAAAUGACAAUCCAAGUAGUAUCAAAUAUGAAAUAAAGUCGAGCAAAGGUUUUCAAGAAGAUGAUUUUGAAUCAAACAAAGUAUUAGAUAUACUCAAUGAAAUUGGUGAAAUAGAAAUGAAAGAUACAAAAUCUGGGUUUAUGGUUCCAAUAACACUUCCUCUUUCUUCAAAAGUUUUGCAUGAGGUUAAAUCUGAAGAUGAAAGCGAAGAAGUAAAAGUUGCAACAGCAAAAGACUUUAAAAGCAUAAAAAAAAAGUUUAAACAAUCUUCUCAUAAGAAUGAACUUUUUCAAAGUGAAGUAAAAAUAAAUGAUUUGUUUAAAUCUGACAGUUCUAAUGGAGAUUUUUUUUUCUUUCAAUUUCCUGAUGCUUUACCUAUAAAACCUAUAUCUGAUGAUGGUGCCAUGUUAAAACCUGAACAAGAUAAGAAUAUUAUUUCAGCAGAAACCAUUGUGACUGAACAGUUAAAAAAAUUCACUUUUCAAAAUGUUUCUGAAGGUUACAUAGGAAAACUACUGGUUCACAAGUCUGGCAAAGUUAAAAUGCAUUUAGGAAAUGUUUCUUUUGAAAUCAUGCUAGGCACUCCAUGUGGCUUCUUGCAAGAUCUUGUAUCAAUUAAUGUGGAGAAUGAUCCAGGGGAAAUGAUAUGCUUAGGUCAUGUAAAUCACAGGUUAAUAGCUGUUCCAGAUUUUGAAGCACUUUUAGGAAGCUUAGUUACUUAAUUACUUUUUUAAAUAUGUAUUUUUUUUU